AACAACAAUGAUAGCUCUGCUGCUGCUGGCGCUGGUCGCACACUCCUUUGCUCUGCCUCUGCCAUCUGAGGACAAUGACAACUUGCUUUUAGCAGAGAACUACCUCCGUCGAUUCUAUGGCCUUCCAGCUGGUCUCCGGGGUAGACAGAAGUCUUCAGGUACCUUUCAGAACAAGAUCAAGGAGAUGCAGAGAUUCUUCCAACUCGAGGUGACAGGGAAUCUGGACGACAACACUUUGGAGCUGAUGAAUCAGCCCAGAUGUGGCGUACCCGACAUUGGGGAGUACAACCACUUCCCUCGAAACCCCAAAUGGCCAACUAACAAUGUCACAUUCAGGAUAUUGAAUUACACACCAGAUCUGCCGAAGGCUGAUGUAGACAGAGCCAUCCGCAAUGCGCUGAACGUUUGGUCUGAUGUCACCCCGCUGACCUUCAAGAAGCUGCGCGAGGGCAUCGCUGACAUUAUGAUCAGUUUCGGGUCAUUAGAGCAUGGAGACUAUUAUCCUUUCGAUGGGCCCAAUGGAUUGCUUGCUCAUGCAUUCCCACCGGGCCAAGGCAUGGGCGGAGACACUCACUUUGAUGAGGAUGAAAAUUGGACCAAAGAUUCAUCAGCAUACAACCUGUUUAUAGUGGCGGCCCAUGAGUUGGGACACGCCCUCGGGAUGUCCCACUCCACAGAUCCAGGCGCCCUGAUGUACCCCAACUACUCCUACUCUGAAGGCUUCCCACUGUCUGAGGAUGACAUUGAAGGCAUUCAAGCUCUCUACGGCCCAAACCCAAACCAAAGGAAAGUGAAGCCAAAGCCUGACGCACCAAACAAAUGUGACCCCAUGUUAAGUUUUGAUGCUGUAACAGAGCUCAGAGGAGAAACCAUAAUCUUCAAAGACAGAUUCUACUGGCGUCUCCACCCUCAGAUGCCGGAGCCUGAGCAGACACUGAUAAAGUCCACAUGGCCGUCCAUCCCCAACAAGGUGGACGCAGCAUACGAGAACCCAGAGAAGGAUAUAGUUAUCAUAUUUAGUGGGAUCCGAAUGUGGGCUUUGAAUGGAUAUACCCUUGUGGAUGGUUACCCAAAGUACAUACACAAGCUUGGUCUUCCCAAGGACAUAAGGAAAAUAGACGCGGCUGUUCACAUCACAAACACUGGGAAAACUUUGCUCUUCACUGAUGAGCAUUAUUGGAGCUAUGAUGAAGCAGCAGGCACCAUGGACAGCGGCUACCCACGAUCCAUUGAGCAAGAUUUCCCUGGGAUGGGUGACGAGGUCGACGCAGCUGCUAUUCAAUAUGGAUACCUGUAUUUCUACCAUGGAAACCUGCAGUACGAGUACAGCUACACCCACAGGAAGGUCAUGCGCAUCAUGAGGACCAAUUCUUUUCUCAACUGUUAAUUGAGAGUUGAAGAGAUGUGACUCACAAAAUCAUUUUCCCUGCAAAGAAAAUAUGCAACUAAAAAAAAAAAUGUGGGAUGCGGGAUGUCCUUUAACAGUUAAAGUAAAGAAAGAAAAGUUUAUUUUUAUUAGUGCUGGACACCUGUAGGUCAUACAGUAUUAUUUGUCAGACCCAUAAUGCUGUACAAUUCCUCAGAAAUAUGUUUCCUUAGAUUAUUGCUAUUUAUUUUCAAUGUCUAUAUUUGUAUUUCAAGUUUUACUAUAGACAGCAUGAUCCUUAGCAGGUUAAGUUUCUUGUCAGUAACAGCUUUUUUUUAAGCUCAUUAUUU